UCUGGUCGGAGGAGGAGCCCAGGAGGAAAAAGAACAGCUGCUGAGGAGAAAGAAGACGCAGAGCUCGAAUCCCUGUGAGGGAAAGAUGGGGCUGAGGAUCUAACAGCACGCCUGGAAUACUGGCACCUGCUCGAUCUCUGGAGGACCCAUGUCUGCACAGGUAGCUGCUGUGGUCGGAGGUGUGGUCGGUGGGAUUCUUUUAUUGGUCCUGAUUGGGAUAGCAGCGUACCUCUUUUGGAAGAAGGUGUACCUGCAGGCUUCUUAUGAAGAACUCACCAGCCCUUCCUCCCCAGUCGAAAAGUCACCCAGUCUGCAGGAAUCAGCUAACGCCCAGUCAUCUGUUUGCCCUCAAAAUUCAAGCAGAAUGAGAAGCGUCCCUUUUAUCGUUCCCCCGAAAUUUCAUAAGCAAGCUUGGAUUGACAUGACGAAUGGAGAGCAAGUUCAAGAUGACAGCGAUCUGUAUGUGACCCCCGACUCUGGGCCUCGAUCUUCUUUCCAUUCCUUAGCUGGAGCAUACCAGGUAGGAGUCAUCAACCCGGAGCUGUAUAAGUUCCCGGAGGACAAAAGUGAGACAGACUUCCCCGAGGGCUGCAUUGGCCGGCUGUGGUUCUCACUGGAGUAUGAACAGGAGUCAGAAAAGCUCCUUGUCUCCUUGAUCAAGGCUCGGAAGCUGCAGCCGCCAUCUGCCUCCUGUAGCCCCUUUGUGAAAAUCUACCUGCUGCCGGACGAAAGACGCUAUUUGCAGUCGAAGAUCAAGCGCAAAAAUCUCAACCCGCAGUUUGAAGAGGAUUUCGUUUUCCAGGUUUCCAGUAACACCUUACAUCAGAGGACGCUGAAGUUUUGCGUCUACCAUGUGGACAAACAAAAGAAACACAUGCUCUUAGGCCAAGUGAUGUUCCCCCUAAAAAACGAAACCUUGAGCGGAGACAACAAAGUUGUCAUCUGGAGAGACUUGGAAGCAGAAACCCUGGAGCCUCCGUCAGAACAUGGCGACAUCCAGUUUUCUCUCAGCUAUAACGACUAUCUGGGCCGCCUCACGGUGGUGGUUCUGAGAGCCAGAGGCCUGAAAUUCCAGAACGACAGACCGACUGCCAGCGUGUUCGUCAAAGUGUCACUCAUGAACCACAAUCAGUUCAUCAAAAGCAAGAGGACUUCGGCUGUCCUCGGAUCCCCUGAUCCAUUGUACAACGAGACGUUCAGCUUUAAGGUUGACCCGACGGAGCUGGACACGGCAAGCCUAAGUCUGUCCGUGAUCCAGAAUGGUGAGGAAAAGGAAAUCUGUUCACUGGGCCGGGUGGUAGUUGGGCCCUUCAUGUACACCCGGGGCAAGGAACUGGAACACUGGAACGAGAUGGUCAGCAAGCCGAAGGAGCUGGUGAAGAGGUGGCACGCACUUACAGUGAGCACCUGAAGGACCAAGAUUAUCUUUGCAAAAGAGAUGCUUUCUGCCUGCAUCAGAGAGACUUUCCACUGUGCUAGAGACAAUUUGGUUGUGUCUCUUGGAUGUAUCAUAAACUCAAGUUUCUAAUGGCUUUCUAGAAGCUUAGUGGCUAGGUUAGCUGGCCACAAUUCUGAAAAGUCAGCCUCCCAACUGGAUCUCAAGCCCAGGACCCACACAAUGGCUGAGUGGAAACUUCUAAAUUGGCGAGAGAGUGGCGUGUCCCCCUUUCUCUUUCUGCCAUAGAGUACGAAAGCUGAUGUGCUUUUACCAAAGGUCUACCCAAGCAUGAUAGAUGGAUGUGAGUUUUCCAACAAUGUUAGGCUCCAUAAAUCCAUUGCUGAAGUAUGUCUAAACCUGUAUUGGCUUGCAGUGUUUGUGCUAUCGCUUUUAAUGCCUGGGUAUGGUUUAUCCUCCAUUGAACCAGCAUGCAGAAGGGAAGGCUAUGUACGUGCUCACUUCAGCAGCAAAUAUACUAAAACUGGAAUGAUACAGAGGAGCCCCUGUGUACUAUUGUACGUGAGAGCCAGUUUGGUGCAAUGGUUAAGUGUGCAGACUCUUAUCUGGGAGAACCGGGUUUGAUUCCUCACUCCUCCACUUGCAGCUGCUGGAAUGGCCUUGGGUCAGCCACAGUUAUUGCGGGAGUUGUCCUUGAAAGGGCAGCUGCUGUGAGAGCCCUCUCAGCCCCACCCACCUCACAGGGUGUCUGUUGUGGAGGGAGAAGAUACAGGAGAUUGUAAGCCGCUCUGAGUCUCUGAUUCAGAGAAGGGCAGGGUAUAAAUCUGCAGUCGUCUUCUUCAAAUGCAUAUGUCCACCGAGAACAAAGUUUCAAUAUUUCCUCUGAAGUUCCUAGGAAUCUCGUUUCUUUUUGUUGUUGUUGUUGUCACAAUAAACUCAGACGGCAGACGCGAUGUAUGAUGAUGUCUUACGCUCACAAACAAUA